AUGGCAAUGGAUAGAAGCAUUGCAGCUCUAGAAGAGGAGGAAGACUUCUUGUAACGACAUUCUCUCUCUUUUUCUCUCACAUUUUACCAGUCCCCAAGCAUGGAAGGAAAUCACUUGCAGCGCCAGGUUGCCUACACGAGAAGGUCCCUCUUUGAACAGGGAUAUCUUGAUGAGCAGUUCAUUCAGCUGGAGGAUUUGCAGGAUGAUGCAAACCCUAAUUUUGUAGAGGAAAUUGUCACAUUGUUUUACACUGAUUCAGCUCGACUCCUCCGUACCAUCGAGCAAGCACUGGAACAUAAUCCUUCUGAUUUUGAUAGGCUGGAUGAUUACAUGCACCAGUUUAAGGGCAGCAGCUCAAGCAUUGGAGCUAGGAAAGUGAAAAAUGAAUGCACCAGGUUCAGAGAAUACUGCAGAGCAGGAAAUACUGAAGGAUGCAUGAGGACAUUUCAACAAGUGAAGCAAGAGCAUGCUACUCUUAGGAGGAAGCUUGAAACUUAUUUUCAGCUGGCAAGAGAAGCCCAUCCAGUUUAAGCUGCUUUUACCAAUUACAAGCAUGGGCCAUGGCAGAGCUGAUGAACCUAAAGGAGGAUGACACGAUGAGUGCAUCUGUACUAAAUAAGUUCAAGAAGUUCACAAGUUUUGUGUUUAUUGAAUAACACUUAAGGGUUUGCAAGAUUUCAUGUGUUUCUGCUGGCUCGUGGAUGCUUUGGUUCUUCAUUCUGAUGCUAACUUUUAACACUUUUACUUUUACUGUUGAUGAGAGAAAAUAUUUUCCAGUCUUUUAUCUAGAAAAUUGAACCAUGUGUUUAAAAACAAGAGACUUGGGAUUGGGAACUGUAUUUUCAAAUCUCCAAAUUUAGUUUCGUUUUGAAGAAUACUUCUUUCAAAUUCUUAUUUCUAUAUUUUAAAACAUUUUCUAAUUUCUUAUUUUACGUAAAAUAUAAUAUUUUAAAAGACUAAGCUGACUAACUAAACGUACGUUUACGUGUAGGCACUUCACUCGCUAAGAAUGCCAAAAAUAUUGAGACCAGUUCUACUUCUAUCUACGUACAGAUAUAUUCCACUACACAACUAACGAACCAACGAUGGAGAUCGAUCCUAAUCUAUGGCUAUGAUCAAAUUGGGAAUGCAUGCCAAACCUCUUGUGAGGACCAGACAUUUUUAAAUAAAUGACAUUUUAAGGAAGUAUACAAGAAAAAAGGAAAAGAUGAAUGACUAUGACUCGAGAAUUUUCGGACCAACUUUUCUCUUAAAUAAAAUCACCACACGAUGUUCACGCAGACACAAUA